AUGUCUUUGUGCAAACAUGAGAAGAGGAAGUCCCAGGGUAUCUCUGCCACCAUGAACAUCUACUUGUUUCACAAAUCGUCCUACGCUGACAGCGUCCUCAUGCGCCUCAACGUCCUCCGGCAGCAGAGGCUGUUUACUGACAUCUUCCUCCAUGCUGGAGGUCGCUCUUUUCCCUGCCAUAAAGCUGUCCUCGCUGCUUGUAGUCGCUACUUUGAGGCCAUGUUCAGCGGAGGCAUGAGAGAAAGUCAAGCCAGCGACGUCGACUUCAAAGACAGCGUCCACCCAGAGGUGCUUGAACUUCUUCUGGACUAUGCUUACACGUCCCGUCUGAUUAUCAAUGAGGAGAAUGCAGAGUCUUUGUUAGAGGUUGGGGACAUGCUAGAAUUCCAGGACAUCCGAGAUGCCUGUGCAGAGUUUUUAGAGAAAAACCUCCACUUUUCUAACUGUCUUAGCACACUGCUGCUCUCAGAUGCUCAUCAGUGUACCAGGCUUCACAAGCUCUCCUGGAAUAUGUGCCUCCGACAUUUUCCCGCCAUCUGCAAAACUGAGGACUUUAUGCAAUUACCAAAAGACAUGAUGGUGCAUUUGCUUUCUCAUGAUGAGCUGGAGACGGAGGAUGAAAAGUUGGUGUAUGAAGCUGUCCUGAACUGGGUUAACUGUGAGCUUGAGAAGAGGCAGUGCUUCCUGCCAGAGCUGCUGGGUACAGUUCGUUUGGCGCUUCUACCAGCUGUCUUCCUAAUGGAGAACGUCUCCCUGGAGGAGUUAAUCAACACGCAGACCAAAAGUAAAGCACUUGUGGAUGAAGCUAUACGCUGCAAGUUAAAGAUCCUCCAGAAUGACAGCGUGGUCAACAGCCAGCUGGCUAAACCCAGAAAGACGGGUCACUCCUUGUUUCUUCUAGGUGGCAAGACCUUCAUGUGCGACAAACUCUACCUGAUAGACCAGAAGGCGAAGGAGAUCAUUCUCAAAGCUGACAUACCAAGUCCAAGGAAAGAGUUCAGUGCCUGUGCCAUUGGAUGUAAGGUGUACAUAACAGGGGGAAGAGGGUCAGAGAACGGAGUCUCCAAAGAUGUAUGGGUCUAUGAUACCUCUCAUGAGAAAUGGUCUAAAGCAGCGCAGAUGCUCAUCGCCAGAUUUGGACACGGCUCAUCGGAACUCAAGCAGUGUCUGUAUGUGGUAGGUGGACACACAGCUGUCAGCAGUUGCCUCCGUGCUUCCCCCACUGUGUCACUGAAACAAGUUGAAAAGUAUGAUCCACUCACCAACAAAUGGAGCAUGGUGUCUCCUUUGAGGGAAGGGGUUAGCAACGCAGCGGUGGUUAGUGUCAAACACAAACUCUUUGCAUUUGGCGGCACCAGUGUCACCCAUGAAAAACUGCCUAAAGUACAGUGCUACGACCCUGUGGAGAACCAGUGGACAGUGCCAGCCUCAUGUCCACAACCUUGGCGCUACAGUGCUGCUGCUGUUCUCAGUAACCACAUCUUCGUUAUGGGUGGAGACACAGAGUUCUCUGCAUGUACAGCCUAUAAAUUCAGCACUGAUAGCUACCAAUGGACUAAAGUCGGGGAUGUGACUGCCAAGCGUAUGAGCUGCCAGACUGUGGCCUCUGGGAACAAAAUGUAUGUUGUGGGAGGCUACUUUGGUACUCAGAAUUGUAAGACUCUGGACUGCUAUGACCCAACACUGGAUGCAUGGAGCAGCAUCACCACUGUGCCUUACUCCCUCAUCCCCACAGCCUUCGUCAGCACCUGGAAACAGCUUCUUGCCUGA